ACGGUUGUUGGUCUGGCUCAGCCACCAUCCUUCUCGGUGACAAGCCGGUAAUUCUCUAUACCGGCAUUGACCCAGAAAACAGACAAGUCCAAAACCUGGCCAUGCCCAAAAAUCUGUCUGACCCUUACCUUAGAGUGUGGGUAAAGUCACCAGAAAACCCUUUAAUGGCACCAAAUGCCCAAAACCAAAUCAAUUCAAGCUCAUUCAGAGAUCCCACCACAGCUUGGUUAGGCCCUGAUAGGCAAUGGAGGGUGAUCAUAGGAAGCAAAAUCAAUAGCCUAGGAAAAGCAAUUCUAUUCAAAAGCAAGGAUUUUGUUAAAUGGGUCCAGUCCUCCCGGUCCUUGCAUUCUGUCAAUGGCACUGGGAUGUGGGAGUGCCCUGAUUUUUACCCUGUUUCUACUGUUUCCCAUCGUGGGCUUGAUACCUCUGCUGUGGGUUCUAAACUUAAACAUGUUCUUAAGACCAGCUUGGAUGAUAAAAAGUAUGAGCACUACACCAUUGGGACAUAUGAUCUUGCCAAGGACAUAUAUGUUCCAGACCAGGGAUCCGUAGAUAGUGAUUUAGGUUUAAGAUAUGAUUAUGGAAAAUUCUAUGCUUCCAAGACCUUCUUUGAUAGUGAGAAGAACCGAAGAGUCUUGUGGGGUUGGAUUAAUGAAUCGUCUAGUGUGGCUGCUGAUAUCAAGAAAGGAUGGUCUGGGGUUCAGGCGGUUCCAAGGAAAAUUUGGCUAGCCCAGUCUGGGAAACAACUGGUGCAGUGGCCAGUACAAGAGAUAGAAAAACUACGUGCAAAACAAGUAAUCUUGGUGAGCAAAUUGCUCAAGGGAGGAUCAGUUCUUGAAAUUUCUGGUGUUACAGCAGUUCAAGCAGAUGUUGAUAUUUCAUUUGGAAUAACUGAGCUUGAGAAAGCUGAGGUGCUGGAACCCAAGUGGACCAACCCACAAGACCUUUGCAGCCAAAAGGGUGCAUCAGUUAGGGGCAGUCUGGGUCCAUUUGGGUUGCUGGUUUUGUCUUCAAAGGAUUUGAAAGAGCACACCGCAAUCUUCUUUAGAAUUUUCAAAGGAAAGGACAAAUAUGUGGUUCUCAUGUGCAGUGACCAAAGCAGGUCCUCUCUGGAUCAAAGUAAUGACAUGACUACAUAUGGGACUUUUGUGGAUGUGGAUCCUGUUCAUCAGAAGUUGUCUUUGAGGAGCUUGAUUGAUCACUCUAUAGUGGAGAGCUUUGGUGGAGGUGGCAAAGGUUGCAUUACAGCUAGAGUUUAUCCUACAUUAGCCAUUGAUGAUCAAGCCUAUUUAUAUGCUUUCAAUAAUGGAACUGAGGCAGUUAUUGUGGAGAAGUUGAACGCUUGGAGCAUGAAGAAAGCUAGAAUCAACUAAAAAUGGUUCAAAAAAGCAAGGAAUUACUAUAUAGCAGAGAAAUUAAUUGAUGUUAUUCCAUUUGCUUUCUAAUAGGGAAAUAAAUUCAUGUACUCUCCAUCACAGAGUUCGGUUUUAAUACCAGACCCAAAGGUCUGAAGGAUUCAAUUUAAUGGAAACCAUAAGCAUCAGGCCUCUAAGCUUCUUAAUAUAUUUUUAAUAAUUAA